GAAACGAACGCGACUGAGCGAGGCCUCAAUUGACAAGCAGCAAGUGGAAGUGGGCAUGGCUAUGGGUGCUGCGGCGGCCGCAUCCACCUGCACCAGGCCCGCGUCCCCUGGCCUGGCCCGACGUCGCGUCAGGGCGCAGGCGACGUCGUCGUGGGCCGGAGGCGCCGAGGCGCUGGUGCGGUCGGGCGCGGUGAGGGCCGUGCGGCCGAGGGACGCUGCGGAGGCGCUGGGCGGCGAGGGGUUCCGCCUGCUGGACGUCCGGCCGGAGUGGGAGCGCGCCCGCGCCAGCGUGCGGGGCUCGGUGCACGUGCCGCUGUUCGUGGGGGACGACGACAUGGGCCCCGUGACGCUGCUGAAGAAGUGGGUCCACUUGGGCUACAUCGGGCUCUGGACCGGCCAGGCCUUCACCAAGAUGAACGAGCGCUUCGUCGACGACGUCGCCGCCGCCGUCGACGGCAGCAAGGACGCCAAGCUUCUCGUCGCUUGUGGCGAAGGCCUCAGGUCGUUGAUCGCGGUGAGGAUGCUGCACGACGACGGGUACAGGAACCUGGCGUGGCUCGCCGGCGGGUUCAGCAAGUGCGCGGACGGCGAUUUCGCAGAUGUGGAGGGGGAGAGCAAGCUGCAGUACGCCACCAUCGGGGGCGCGUCCUACAUCUUCCUCCAGAUCCUGCUGUUUCUGGGAGUGGUGAAAUGAUCCGUUCGAUCGAUGUUGUUAUGACUUCCUCGGCCGUUCGAUCUGGUCUGUUUUGCUUUUUGCUAGUACUACCGUUGUCAGAUGUUGUACUGCAUUGCAUAUGCGAACAGCAUGUCGGUGGCAGUGGUAGAGCUACUGAGCUAGGCGCGCACACAUUUGACAUUCCUAUCUCGUCCCUCUCGUGUUCAGGACCCUUAAUGUACAUGUUCAGGACCCUUAAGGCAAUCGGCUCUUAAUUUGAUUUGCGGCCCCUAAUGUACAUGUUCAGGACCGGUCGUAGGCCCCUAACGUGCAUGCACGGCUGAGAAGUGAGAAACAAAAAGAAAUGAGCAUUGCAAGUUGUGUU